AUGGCCCCCAUGGCUGACUCGGUGCUCAACCACUCCUGGCCGGCCUUCUCCAAGCUGUGGCUGAAGCGGUGGGCCUUCAAGAGAGGCUCUGAGCCCAAGUCAUGUGUCCAACCUUUUGACUCUGGAGCUGUGGCUUCGGCCACCAAGAGCAGCAGUAGAUCCUGGAAACCUGAGAACCCAGACUUCUUCUCUGCCAUGGGGGAUGAUCAGGAGGAUGAUUUUCCCAGGCAGCUCAGCGAGAGUAUGGAGGACCUCAGCCUGGAUUUGGGGGCCCUUCAGGGCAGCGAGUAUCUGCAGGACCUGAGCCUUGGGGCCCCUUCCCACAGCCAGCCUGGGGAGACCCCAGACAGUCACCCCCCCGGUGAAGAACCAGGAAGGGAUUCUCUUUUCUCCAGCUUGGUGGGGUCCCAAGACCUGUCAAGGCGGCGCAGCUGGGAAAGGUCGCGGAGCUGCUCAGAGAGCUGGCGGAGGCUCAGCCUCGAUGCCUCAACUGUGGAGGAGGAACCCUGUCUCCCUCGAACACUGGCCAGCCUUGCUUUGAACCUGCCAGGAGGAGGGCUGAAGACCUGGACUCAAGGGUGUCUGUCUGGGGGCGGGACCCCCGCAGAGACCCCAGGCAAGGAAUGUGACAGCCCCAAGAAAAGAGUGAGGUCAAGGUCUGUUCCUGUGUCCUUCUGUGAGAUCCACUCUCCAGAAAUCUCUCCGGGUCUGGAAGUGCCCACUCCACCUGUUCAAGGCCUGGAACCUCCAGUGCUGGAGUGCAUGGAAAAAGACCACGUGGAACCAGAUCACGUGCUGAUUGUCCAGCAGGUGCUUCAAGAACUUCGACAGUACCAUGGGGCCCGGCAGAGGGCUUGCACGUCAGCCAGCCCCGGAGGAGCCCACUCGAACCUGACCUGGUUUGAAUUCCUGUCGGAGAGCGAGGACGGUGCUGGCAGGAACGAGAAGAGUGACAAGAGUACCAGUGUGAAGCGCAGGCUGAGCUGCCUCCGCAGUCGAGUGACCAGACAGAAGGAGAAGGGUAAGAGCCCAGCACAUCUAAAGGACAAGGGCCAGGAUGCACGAGAGAAGCGGGAGUGUGUCAAUGGGCACCAGCUGGUGCAAGGGACCUUCUCCGGCCCCUCCAGCUGCCCCCUGUGUGGCAAACCCUUCUUGAGCUCAGGGGAUGAGCUGUGCUCAGUCUAUCUUAGGCAUCAGAUGCAAGGGGCAGGUACCUCCAAUCCUAACGAGCCCUCGCCCUCACCCUCGCCGCGAGCACCCUCCCACUUCGGUGCCCGCGCCCCUCUCAAGGCCGAGCCGACGCCCCCUCCUCGCGGCUCGGGGAGCAGCAGCCUCAGGUCCCCGGGAGCGCCCCGCCCUCGAGGGCACGCCUCCUUCCGGGUCACGCCCUCUGCCCCGCCUCCGAGGCGGAAUCGCGCAUGCGCCGCUCUCAUCGCGCGGCUUCCCGCUUCCGGCUCCCAGCUGCUAGCUACAGUGGAUCCGGGGAGGCCGGGCGGAGGCAUCGGAGGCGGCUGCGAGAGUGGCAGAGGAGCUGGCGGAGAGCGGCCUGCGGGCUAUCGGGCCGAGGUGAGGGCGGCGGCGGGGCGGUCCCAAGGAAAACGGGGCUCAGGAGGGGGCCCUCGGUCUCUUCAGGGGGUGGCCUGGGGCGCGGGACCCCUGGGGCUGCCUCGGGCCUCCCGCCGGCUCCUGGAGGACUUCUCCAGGCAGGCGAACCGGUGCUGGGGUGCAGGUUGCUCCUUCAAUGCAUGGAGGCUCUAG